CUGCUGGCUGGUGUACACACCUUUGUUAGUGCGCAAAUACACACGUUUGGAAACAUUGUCAAGGAUCACAAGGAGAGGACAACAACACAAGUAGUCUACGGCCAACCUUGUACAGCUACAAGUGUGAAACAACAGCAUUUGAGAAGAUGAUGCGAUUCCUGGUCCUGUGCCUGGUACUGCGAGCUGCCAUAGCUAAAGAGUUCGAAGUUGGUUCUGGCAACGGAGAAAUCGAUGAUGAGGACCUCGUACCAGAUAUCGGGCCGCCUGUAUUGAGGACGGAUGCUGACACGGUGGGCGCAAACAAGUCCACUGGAGGAGGAGACGGAGCUCAAAAUGAAUUUAUCACCAUCGUGAUUGUGGUGGCAGUGAGUGUCGUGGCACUGUCGAUCGCCGCCAUCGUGGCUGUCGUGUUGGUGAGACGCCGCAUGCACAACCGACAACAAGGGAUCUACUCUGUGCCCGCGGAACAAGGCCAGAAAGGGGCGGUCUAACCCAACACGGCCCACGGGACACCUGGAGGAGAGGACCAAUGCACUGAGCUCUAUCACACACUGCCCUUUGACCCAGGAAGUGGACACAUCAUGGCCCCCCCUCAGACCCACCCUGCCCUUAUAGCACCACCCCCACCCCCACCCCCACCCCCACCCCCACCUCACCCACACCCCCACCCCGCCAUUCCUUCCUCUGCCAUCGCAGAAUGGCUGUGUCUAAAUGGCUGUGCCUAAAUCAUGUUAGUGUGUAUCCUGUCGUAUUUCUAUAUCCUUGGCCCAGAUAUCCCAAAUGUACAGUAUGCAUCCAUCUCAGGACAUUUGGAACAAUUCCAAACACCUAAUUGGAUUCUAUUUGAGGAAUCCACAUAGAAGUCAUUGAAUGUAGCCAGUAGAAAAACCUGUUUUGAUGAAAGGCGUAAUUUAGACCAAGAAAUACUCUGUAUUUAACAACUUGCGAGAAAUGGGCUUUUACCCCAAUGAGUUUCGUACCUCUGUACCCCAAAAAAAAAAUCUGUUUUUGAUUUAGUGCAAUUGGAACAAGGCUGUGUGAGAGGAACUGGCUUGUUUGACAGAGGAAGCAAGGCCUAAUCCACAGUAAGCCAGCCCAGUUCUCACUUCAGUCUCCCUUUUCACGACUCUGACAUCCCCUGUCCCGGGCCCAUUAGGAGUGACAACAGGCAAUGCAGCAGGAAGAUAAAGCUGGUUCCCUCCCUUCUGAACCUUGGAGGAGGAGGAGGAGAGAAAAGAAAGGAGCAGAAAAAAACGGUCUGAAACACCCUCUUGUGAGGCAGUGAAUUAAUCGACCGCCGUGAAUGAUGAUGUUGUUUUUUCGUUCUCCCUCUCCUUUGCGUUUGAAAGGCUUUCGCGCCGACGUCCGCAACCCCCGCAGAUUGUAAAUAGCUCUCAGAUGACUGGGCGAGAGGUAGUUUAAUGCUGAAUGCGCUGGGCCAUGGGAGGGGUGUUGGGGGGGUUAGGGCGGAGGGGUGCGGGGUGGGGUGUGUGUGUGGGGGGGGGGGCAGGGGCGGUGCAGAAAUCUAGAGCAUCAAAUCAAGUGUAGAGGAUGAUUGGGGAAAUACCCACGAUGCCCCAUGUUUCAUUCAUGCUAAGCACGCUCUCUCUCUCCCCCCUCUCUCUCUCUCUCUCUCUCUUUUCAUUUAAAUGGAAAUCAAUCGUGCCCUGUGAAGAAAAGCUUUAGGACGCGCGGGACUGGCUUAUUUCUCCCCUGUAUUACAGAAAAAGGAAGUUGUUUUGCCAGGGGUCAGGGGUCGGUAAAAGACGGGAAGGUGGACACGAUCAGGUUUGGCACGACUCGAGGCAUUUUGUUUGGAGCGUCACAUGGUGUGCAGUUGUGCAGGCUCAAGCUCGCAAGGGAGAGAUGUGGUGUUGGAACCACUAGGUCAGUCUGAACGAGGGGUCCCAAGUCCUUGGCUGUGUCUCCGCUCAGCCACCCCUGGUGAGGUCCAGGGGUGAGGGCAGGGGUCAGGUCCAGGGGUGAGGGCAGGGGUGACGUCCAGGGAGGAGGGCAAGAGUGAGACUGGGGGAGGACUCGGCUGGUGUCCAGAUUCUCAGGUACAGAAGCACCUGUGGUUCUGAAUGAACCCAUUUUUCACUCCACAACCAUCACCAGUGCCUUGCUGAAUAUGAAGUGGCCCAUCUCUUUUGUUUUGCGAGGGUUCUACAAGUCGGAGAGCCGCCUGUUAUGUUUGUUUUUUGUGUCUAUGCCUACCUAUGUGCAUACUCUAGUGUUUGUACAUGUGGUAUUUCUGUUGAUCACCUCCUUCCUAGUAAACUUAAUACAGUCAGCAUUUCAAAAGGAAUAUUCCAAUCCGGUGUAGUCUAUACCUUACAAAAGCAUUUCAAUUUGUCUUUCUUUGAGGUCUUUCUUUGUGUUCAUGCCACACUCUCAUUGCAAGGGGAUUCUUGUCUCCCUCAGAAAUAACUAGAAACAGAACCAAACAAUGUUUCCUGUUGCUGAAGAGCAAGCUUGUUCGACCAAACAAACAGCAAUGCCAAAAUCAAACAGAGAUCCGUGUCUUGUCCUGCAACGGAGAUACCCCAUAGUAUCACCCUGCAACAUUCAGUCGCAAAAGCGUCUUCAACUCUAAUUAUCGAAUCUAAUUAUGUCCACCUGGUCUCUCUUGUCUUAUCUGACAUUCCUAUUACAAAAAAGGUUUUUUAUUUUAUGCGGGAGUAUAUAUAUAUAUAAUAUUUUUUAAACAAAACCAAAAAAAAAAGAUUUGUAAGGGCUUACUUGGAUUUGUCACUUGUGCAGAAGUCUGGCCAGUCUCCUUUUUCAUUUCAUUUUUCUUUGGUAUAAAAGAGAAGCAUUGCUGCGUUCGGCCAAUCUCUGGCCAUGCUUGACCAAGCCAGCCCUACAGCAUGCAGGUCCCCCACAACACAGUCCUGUCUGCUUUGAAAUUCAUCUAUUGUCAUUUAUUUUUUUAUUUUAGAACAACAUUUCUUCUUUUAGAAAGAAGCCUUCUGUUGGUUUAUGAAUAUGUUAACUCGUCUUUAUUUUUGUGAUCUCUUUCAGGGAUGGUGCUCUCUGCACAACUAUAUAAUAUGCAAUCAAUGUAAAAAAUAUAUGAAAGAUUCUUGUGUUAUAUUUGUGUCAUGAGAUUUUGAUUUAUACAUAACCUCUAUAUCUAAAUGCAAUUUAUUCUAAAGGUUUUGAAGUAAGCAGUCAUAUUUAGUUAGGGCUUCAUGUACAUGUUAUUACGGCAACAUUGCUUUGAUACUGAAAUACUAGUUUUUAAUAUCUAUGGAUGUUAACCUUUAUGGAUCUUGCAAUAGAUAGGCCAUUGCGGCCUAUCACCCAUUUAACGGCAUAUAUUUGCACAGCUGUUCACACAACAUAAACCAACACAUUUUCUUUCCAUAGAUCCUUCUCUCUCUUUGUUGCAAUUGACAUAGCAUAGUAUAGCAAAGUAUUGUAUAGUUCAGUAUAGCAAUUCUGUAUGUUACAUUCUCUCCAUUUCCAAGAUUAAACGUGUUCCGCUCUCUCCA